AAAUUUUAGAUUGCAAUAUGGUUAGAGAAACAAAACUUUAUGACUUAUUAGGAGUUUCACCAUCUGCUAGUGAAACUGAAAUAAAGAAAGCUUAUAGAAAAUCUGCAUUGAAGUAUCACCCUGAUAAGCCAACUGGGGAUGCUGAAAAAUUCAAAGAGAUUUCCGAAGCGUGUGAGAUUUUAUCUAAUCCUGAUAAAAGACAGGUUUACGAUGAUUAUGGGUUAGAAGCUGCUAGAGGUAAUGCUCCUGCUGGUGGUGCUGGAGGAAAUCCAUUUGCUGCUGGCGGAGGGGCUUCUCCGUUUGGUGGGUUUAGUUCUGGGUCUUCCUUUUCUCAGAAUGACGCCUUCAAUAUCUUCUCCCAAAUGGGUGGUUUCGGUAUGGGAGGUGAUGAUAUGUUUGGUUCAGGUUUUGGUGGGUCCAGUUUUGGUGGGUCCAGUUUUGGUGGUGGUGGUAUGCCUGGUGGGUUUGGUGGUGCCGGUGGUCGUUCUGCUCGUUCUCGUCCGGAACCGGAUACCGUUACCAUGACUUUACCAGUUUCUUUAGAAGAUUUGUAUAAAGGUGGAGUUAAAAAAAUGAAAUUAAGUAGAAAAGGUAUUAGUGGUGCUAAAGAAAGUAAGGUUGUUGAAAUUACUAUUAAGCCAGGCUGGAAAGCUGGUACUAAAAUCAAUUUUGCCAAUGAAGGUGAUUAUCAACCAGAGUGUCAAGCAAGACAAACUAUUCAAUUCGUUUUGGAAGAGAAAUCUCAUCCUAUUUUCCAAAGAGAAGGUAACAACUUGAAAAUGGUUGUUCCUUUAUCUUUCAAAGAAUCUUUAUUGGGUUUCGAUAGAGAAGUUACCACCAUCGACGGUAGAAGAAUUCCCUUUUCAAGAUCCUCUCCAAUUCAACCAAAUUCUUCCACUACUUAUCCCGGUUUAGGUAUGCCAAUUAGUAAAAACCCUGGCCAGAGAGGUGAUUUGGAAAUUGUUUUCAAAGUCGACUAUCCAAUUUCAUUAACCCCUCAACAAAAACAAGCCAUUAAUCAAAACUUUUAAUCUUUAUUAAUGACAUAUGACAUGAAUGAUCCCAAUGCAUU